AAUCCAUCGCCAUGGCUGAUCCACGCACCACUCUGGCCCUCGGCCUGCUAAUCCUCGGCCUGGCCCUCGCGGCGCAGGCCUCGCCCCAAGGCCGCAUUCUGGGCGGCGAGGACGUCGAGCAGGGGGAGUACCCCUGGUCCGCCUCCGUGCGCUACAACAAGGCCCACGUCUGCUCCGGCUGCAUCAUCUCGCAGACCCGCAUCCUGACCGCCGCCCACUGCGUCUCCGACGUGGGCAUCACCCCAGUGGCCGCCAGCACCUUGGCUGUGCGAGUGGGCACCAUUAACCAAUACGCCGGCGGCACCAUCGUGAACGUGAAGAGCGUCACCAUCCACCCCUCGUACGGCAACUUCCUGCACGACAUCGCCAUCCUGGAGGUGGACCCCCUGACCUUCGGAGACCGCAUCGCAGCCGCCACCCUGCCCAGCGACGAGGUGGAGGGCAGUGGCGAGGGGGCGAACACGGAGGACGUGGACGCGGAGCUGCCCAACGGCACGCCCGUCUAUGUGGCCGGAUGGGGCGAGCUCUCGGACGGCACCGCCUCCUACAAGCAGCAGAAGGCCAACUUCAACACGCUGAGUCGCUCGCUGUGCGAAUGGCAGGCCGGCUACGGCUACGAGUCCGUGGUGUGCCUCUCCAGGGGCGAGAACGAGGGCAUCUGCCGCGGCGAUGCCGGCGCAGCCGUGAUCGACGACCAGAAGGUGCUCCGCGGCGUGACCAGCUUCAACUUCGGAGACUGCGGCAGCAAGUACCCCGAUGUGGCGACCCGCGUUUCCUACUACCUGGCCUGGAUCGAGGCCAACUCCGAGUAGGCAUCGUAAGCCUCCUCGAGGACUAGCCCCUUAUUUUUUAUACAUUUUUUUCCUGUGCAUAAAGUGUGUUUCCCUCAAAAAACGAAAAAGGAAA